UGGGCAGAUCCAUUAUCGCACGAACACUUAGCAAAAGCGCUGGGCGGCGGUCGUUCCAAAGCCGCACAGGCCACCGCCCGUAGGGUCGAUACAUAAUUGCAUUUCUGAAUUAGACAGCUGCGAACAUGGCGGAUUUGGAGAGUAGUCUCCUGCAGGCGCUUAAUGUCCAAGAAGUGAUUGCUGAUUCGGGCGAGCUGGCCAAAAACCUGGGCGUGGAGCACAUCGUGCUUGUGGGCACAAUACGGAGCUUACAGGCAUCGGAGAUGGUUUUGGCUGAGGACAUUGACCACUUCCGCUACGUGCUGACCGAGGAGGCCCAGGGCUACCUGACGGCUGGUUCCCCCGAGGCCCAGGUGUUCAAUUCGGUUCCCGCUGGGGAGGGGAUCGCCAUGACCGACCUUAAGGCCAAGGUCCCUGGCGAGGCUGGAGAUGUGGGCUUCAAGCAGGCCAUGCAGCAGCGCUGGUUGGCCUUGGAUAAGAGCGGUUCGGGGGAGCCCCGGGUCGUACGGAAAGUCGACUCCAUUGAGGACCGCACCCAGCAGCUGUUGGCUGACGUGGCGAGCGGUCGGGAAAUUCCCAAGACGGAGGCGGACAACCUGGCGAAGAAGCGCAAGCUCAUCAGGCCAGAGCAGUGGAAGACGUACAAGCUGACGAAGGGUCCCAAGUUUGCAUUGGAGCGGAAGAAGCCCGCCACGGACCUGACGUUUGAGAUGCUCGCCAAGAACGCCUGGCGGAAUUUGGAGUUCAAGGAAUACAACUUCAACGCCCUGGGGGCCCCACCGGCCGGAGGGCAGCUCCACCCGCUGCUCAAGGUGCGCAGCCAGUUCCGGAAGAUCUUCACCCAGAUGGGCUUCGAGGAGAUGCCCACAAACCAGUACGUGGAGUCGUCCUUCUGGAACUUCGACGCGUUGUUCCAGCCGCAGCAGCACCCCGCCCGAGAUGCCCACGAUACGUUCUUCCUGAACAAGCCCGCCACCACCCCAUCGGCUCGGGGGGUGGAUCCCGACUACCUGCAACGGGUCAAGUCGGUUCACGAGGUGGGCGGGUACGGCUCCGCGGGGUACGGCUACAGCUGGAAGCUGGCGGAAAGUGAGAAGAACCUGCUGCGGACCCACACCACGGCCGUCUCAUCUCGCAUGCUGCACCGACUGGCCAAUCAGCCGGGGGAAUUCAAACCCGCCAAGUAUUUCUCCAUCGACCGGGUUUUCCGCAACGAGCAAGUGGACCGAACGCAUCUGGCGGAGUUCCACCAAGUAGAAGGUUUGGUGUGCGACCGGGGCCUUACGCUGGGCGACCUGAUCGGGGUGCUCAACCAGUUCUUCAGUCGCCUCGGCUUGAAGAAGCUCCGCUUCAAGCCCGCCUUUAACCCCUACACGGAACCGUCCAUGGAGAUCUUCAGCUACUCGGAGCAGCUGGGCAAGUGGAUGGAGGUAGGCAACAGCGGCAUGUUCCGACCUGAGAUGUUGCGACCCAUGGGUCUGCCGGAGGACGUCAACGUCAUCGCGUGGGGGCUCUCCCUGGAGCGACCGACCAUGAUUCUGUACGGCAUUGACAACAUCCGUGACCUGUUUGGCCACAAGGUCAGCUUGGCAAUGGUCAAGAAGAACCCGAUCUGCCGUCUCGGCCUGUGAGGUGCGCUCUCUGCCG